GUUGGAUGCCAGCCGCCGUUAAAAACCAAGAAGAAGCAGCUCGCGCAGCGGGUGAGAGGCGCGCGCAGAUUGAGCAUGAUUAGCGGUAAUUUGGGCUUCUACACAUGAUGACCUUCCUCAUCCUCAUCCUCGCUGAGCAUGGCGGAGUCGGAUGGUGUGGAGUUCUGUGCGAGUCGAGCUCAAAGCAGCAUGGCUAACAACAAGAAUAGCACGCUCCGUUGUACUUUCUCAGCCCCCAGCCACAGCAACACUCUCCUGAGGGGACUGUCUGCGCUGCGCGAUCAAGGUCAGUUGCUGGAUGUGGUUCUGGCCAUUGACAACGAGCGGUUUGAGGUUCACAAAGCGGUUUUGGCCUCCUGCAGUGACUACUUUAGAGCCAUGUUUACUGGAGGAAUGAAGGAGUCAAACCAGAACACCAUCGAGCUAAAAGGUCUUUCAGCCAGAGGACUGAAGCACAUUAUUGAUUUCGCCUACAGUUCUGAGGUCACUCUGGACUUGGACUGCAUUCAGGAUGUUCUUGGUGCAGCCGUCUUCCUGCAGAUGGUGCCUGUGGUGGAGCUUUGUGAGGAGUUCCUGAAAUCAGCCAUGAGCGUCGAGACUUGUCUAAACAUCGGCCAGAUGGCCACUACUUUUAGCCUCUCGUCCCUUAAACAGUCGGUAGAUGCGUUCACGUUCCGUCACUUCCUGCAGAUAGCUCAGGAGGACGACUUCCUUCACAUUCCAAAGGAACGACUGGUUUUCUUCCUUCAGAGCAACAAGUUGAAGAACUGUAGCGAGAUCGACUUGUUCCAUGCGGCAAUAUGCUGGCUGCAGCACGAUGCGUCCAGACGAGCGACGGCCAGCGAAGUGCUCUGCCACGUGCGCUUCCCACUAAUGCGUUCGUCUGAACUUGUGGACAGCGUCCAAACUAUCGACAUCAUGGUGGAGGAUGUGCAAUGUCGACACUUUCUCCUAGAGGCCUUCAAUUAUCAGAUCCUUCCAUUCCGACAGCAUGAAAUGCAAUCACCGCGAACUUCCAUUCGCUCAGACGUCACUUCGCUGAUUACGUUCGGUGGAACGCCCUACACAGACAAUGAUCGGACAGUCAGCGGCAAAGUCUACUACCUGCCCGACGUCACGGUGCGACAGUUCAAAGAGUUGACUGAAAUGGAGAUGGGAUGCAGCCAUGCGUGUGUGUCGGUUCUCGACAAUUGUGUGUACGUCGUGGGUGGGCAGCAUUUGCAGUAUCGCAGUGGAGAGGGCGCAGUCGACAUCUGCUUCCGCUACGAUCCCCAUCUGAACCAGUGGCUUCGAAUCCAAUCCAUGCAGGAGAGCCGCAUUCAGUUUCAGCUCAACGUAUUGCACGGACAACUUUACGCUACCGGAGGACGCAACAGGUCUGGCAGCUUGUCCUCUGUAGAGUGCUAUUGUCCGAGGAAAAAUGAGUGGACUUAUGUGGAUUCCCUCAAGAGGCGGAUCUGGGGUCACGCCGGAGCGACGUGCGGCGAGAAACUCUAUGUCUCAGGAGGUUACGGGGUGUCUGUGGAGGAUAAGAAGACUCUCCAUUGCUAUGAUCCGACCUCGGAUCAGUGGGACUUCAAGUGUCCCAUGAACGAGCCAAGAGUCUUGCAUGCUAUGAUCAGUGUGAACAACCGUAUUUAUGCUCUCGGUGGCAGAAUGGACCAUGUUGACCGCUGCUUUGAUGUGCUAGCUGUAGAGUAUUACAUUCCAGAGACCGAUCAAUGGACAACGGUCAGUCCGAUGCGAGCUGGUCAGUCAGAGGCUGGCUGCUGUCUCCUGGAUAAAAAGAUCUAUAUAGUCGGAGGAUACAACUGGCACCUCAAUAACGUCACUAGUAUUGUGCAAGUUUAUAAUACAGAGACAGAUGAGUGGGAAAGAGAUCUUCAUUUUCCAGAAUCUUUUGCGGGAAUAGCUUGUACACCUAUUGUACUUCCUCAAACAACCACCCAGCGCUAAGCACAUACUGCAUUUGCUGUUUAUUUAGGCUUAAGGUUAAGCGUCCACCCGGACUGAAGUGAAAGUAAUGGUAUAAUUGGCUUUGUCUUAUUGAAAAGCCAUAAUGUUAUGUCUUUAUUGUUGAAGCAUGCAUGAUUGACGCUUUGUUCACAAUGAUAUGAAAGCAUACUUUUUGAGAAUGUGAAGCAUCUUUCUACACACUUCUCAAGCAGUAUUGUCGUCUAUGGCCCUUCUUGUAGAUUGCCACUUUUCAUACUAAUGAGGGUUUUGUACAAGUCCCUGUGGGAUUUGCACUGAUGGCAGACUUGAAUGGACCUACAACAUUGACGCAAUGUCAUCACGUCCUCAUCUUUGUGAAUAUCCUACAUGUAUUCACAACACACCCUAAACUUCCAGAAGUAUAGUGCAAGUUUAUAAUGCAGAGACCGAUGAGUGGGAAAGAGAUUUUUAAGAAUCUUUUGCGGGAAUAUUACACUUAUUGUACCUCCCCAAACAACCACCCAGCGCAAAGCACAUAUUGUCUUUAUAUUUGAUUUUUCAGAAUGUGAAGCAUCUUUCUGCACACUUCUCAUGCAGUAAUGCUGUCUUUGGCCCGUCUUGUAGAUUGCCCCAUUUCAUACUAAUGAGGGUUUCGUACAAGUGCCUGUGGGAUUUGCAUUGAUGACAGACUUGAAUGGGCCAGCAACACUGGGGCAAUGUCAUCAUGACUUCAUGAAGGAUUCAUGGCCUGUUCUCAUGGUGUGACUAAAUGACACAAAGGCAAAAACUAUUCGCAAGAAAUUAUUACAACGAAACUUUGUCAUUUUCUGAAAAUUUGUAUAGCUGAAUUAAUUGGUUGACAUCUAAACAAUUAAAAACAAUCUUUGCAUCUGGGAAAGAGUUGGCAGAACUUCAUACUUGCAGUAUGAUAUUUUGAAUUUGGUCCGCCAGCUAGAAUUUGGACAAAAUUGUCCGCUUUGCCAGUACUUAAUGAAGAGGCUCUAGGUUUAAAAUAUUGAACCUUAGCAUGCUCUUCUCAAGCUGGCUCUGGUUCUUGUAGAUUACCAGUGUGUGAAUCUCUUGGGUACAGAUCAGAUUUCUACAUCACAGUUUUGGAUGCAGAUGGUCCCUAAGCAGAGCAUAGGCCUGUAUUCCUCUCAAUUAGACAUGAUCUUGCGAGUUAAUGCAAAACAGUAUACCUGAUCUAUAUGUUGCACUUUUCAGGCAAAUUCAUGUUUGUUUUGUGAUCAUUUGUAGAAACACCACUAGCAAGAUGUAGUGGCAGGUGUGUUCAUAUAUUUUGUGAUGCUUUAUUAACCUAUUUUGUGACAAAUUCCUGAUAUUAGUUCUCUUU